AUGACUUCAAUAGGUCAAGAUCUUAUUUUUGCCUCUCUUCUCUUCUUCUUGCUUCUCUAUCCUUCUCUUGGUGUUGAUGUUGUUGGUGCUGGUACUGGUGCUGGUGCUUUGAACUCUGCUCUCUUCCCUCCUACUCCUUUCUCUGACUCUCACUUCCUCCUGUCUGAUCCUCUCCUUCUAGCUCCCUUCCCUCCUCUUCCCUCAAGAAUUUUCGCAAUUUUCACUAUUUGUUCUCUUGCCUCUUCCUCCUCUACAAUAGUUGUGCACUAUACACUGGUGUACCGUCAAAGCAAUCCAUUGAUGCUUGCUGCAAUAGAUGUGCCUCUAGUAAUCGCCCUUCGACUUUCAGGGACCAUGCUGGAAUUCACUGCCCCAUCUCAAAGUUUACUCCCUCAGCAGCUUCGCCAGUUUGCCACACCUGCCCAGAAACUGUUAAACAAAGGCAACGGAAUAGCCACUGAGCCGCCAUUCAAUGCUUUCCAGCUCAUGGAAGGCGUCAAGCCAAGGAUGGCAGCAGAACUACAUGAGUGUUUCGAAUACAAGGGCCUGAAUGAAUUAUGGCUAGCAGGGAAACAAGAUACCAAGGGAAAGAGUCGACCCCGAAUGAAUCCACAAUUGGCCAACAUUUCUGAUGGUGGAAUCAAAAAUUCAGUGAGGACAUCAGGGGGGCACUCAAUGUCAACUGUCAACAGUUCGAAGCAGCAGGAGGUGGACGUUCUGCAGCAAUGCAGUCCACUGAAUGCUGCUCAAUCCAGUGUAAAGACAGGAGGCAUGUACAACCGUACAUGGGUGGUCCGCAUCACUGCUUGA